CGGUUGAGUUUGCUGUUGCACUUUCUAUUCUCCCAUGCACCUCCUGCAACCACCAUCGCUGCUGUCGCUGCCGACGGACGUUCGCGGCCACAUCUACGGCUUCCUCCUCAGCGCCCGCCUCGGCUUUCGGCCAUCCGCCUCGUCGUCGACGAACCCGCUCGCGUGGGUGGGGACGUGUCGCGCUAUGUACGACGAUGUCCAGGCGAUGGAGCUCACAGAGCUUGCGAUGGACUUUGCCACGACGCAGGCUUUUCUCGACACGAUGUCCCGUCUUCCGCAGCGACUGAUGCGUCAGCUCAAGAACGUUCGCAUGAUCGGGUACCUCCUGCCGCUCAACCCCGACACACAAGCCUUUGCGCACCCGGCCGACGCAAUCAAUUUUUUUCCAGCUCUCCAACUCGACUCGAUGGUCGUGGAAGAUUACUUCCACUCGCCCAAAAGUGCCUCGGAUGACUACCUCUCCCAUGAAAUGACGCGCCACCAAGUUUCGUACCUUCUCGCGACCGACGGCUGGAAGUCGCUGCAGUACGUGUCGUACUCGACUGGGUUUCUCUCGCUCGCGGGCGCCAGCCAAGUCGGCAUGUGGGACAAGUUCCUCAAGGACAUGUACGGCCAAGACGCGAGUGUGACCGUGUACGUGGCCAAGGAGGCACACGCCGCGCCGGACGCAUACCGCCUUCUCCGAAACGACCCAGCCCGCGUCCUCGACGACCUCACUGACUUUGAGCAUUGGGCACCCGAGAUGGCUCAGAAGGCGCCGAGCCGACCGCGCGAAGUCCGAUUGAUUGCGAAGCGCGGUGCCACAAAGCCGCUCGUGCAGACGUGCAAAACACUGGACAUUGCGAGCGAUGCCUUUCAGCAGCAAUACCUCUGGGCGACGACGAUCGCCGACGAUGCUCGCUCGGCCUACUAGAAGCCGUCUACGUUUCUUUCUAUUUAUCUUAACACACUACUCGUCAACGUAGUCUUAUUGUCUACUACUACUGUAGUAACGACGAAGUGAU